UGCCUGCGGCCGCGCAUGCGCCCUGCGCGGCCCCGAGCGGCGGCGGCGGGAGCGGGAGCGGGAGCGGAGCAUCCCAGUGUCACCAUGACCCCCGGGCUGGGCUCCCAGCGCUGCUGCCUGCUGCUGCUGCUGCUGCUGCUGCUGCUGCUGCCCUGGGGGCUGGGGGCGGGCGGGGACCCCCCCCCCGUGUCUGCAGCCUCCCUCCUGCGGGCGCUGCUGCAGCGCUGCGGGGCCGGGGACGGGCAGGGGCUCAGCCUGGGGCAGCUCUCGGCGCUGCUCGCCCGCCUGGGGCUGGGCAGGGGCCACCCCAACGGCAGCCACAGCCCCCAGCAGCCCCUCAACCUGUCCCAGUGCUUCAGCUCGGGGGAGCUCUUUGCCAUCCACAACCUGAGCCAGGGCUCCGUGGUGGGGCCCAGGGAGUUGCAGCAGUUCUGCCCCAGCAUCCUGCAGCAGCUGGAGUCAGGAGCCUGUUCCUCUGCAGCCCUGCAGGGCCAGGAGCAGCAGCAGCCAGAGGAGAGCAGGCCCAGCUCAGCCGAAGUCUGGGGGUUCGGGUUGCUCUGCGUGUCCGUCAUCUCGCUGUGCUCGCUGCUGGGAGCCAGCGUGGUGCCCUUCAUGAAGAAAACCUUUUACAAGAGGCUGCUGCUCUACUUCAUAGCCCUGGCGAUUGGAACUCUCUACUCCAACGCCCUGUUCCAGCUCAUCCCCGAGGCGUUCGGGUUCAACCCCCAGGAGAACGAUUACAUCUCCAAAUCCGCCGUGGUCUUCGGCGGCUUCUACCUCUUCUUCUUCACCGAGAAAAUCCUCAAGAUGCUCCUGAAGCAGAAGGACCAGCACCACCACGGGCACAGCCACUACGGCGCCGAGGCCGCGCCCGGCCGGCAGCGGCAGGAGGAGGUGCCCGAGAAGCUGCAGAACGGGGAGCUGGACCGCAUGAUCCCCAACACCCCCGGGGGGCCGGAGCUCCGAGCCCCGGGCGGGGACCCCGCGGGCGGCGUCGCGUCCCUGUCGGUGCAGGACCUGCAGGCCUCCCAGAGCGCGUGCUACUGGCUGAAGGAGGUCAGGUACUCGGACAUCGGGACCCUGGCCUGGAUGAUCACGCUCAGUGACGGGCUCCACAACUUCAUCGACGGGCUGGCCAUCGGCGCCUCCUUCACCGUCUCCGUGUUCCAGGGCAUCAGCACCUCCGUGGCCAUUCUCUGUGAGGAGUUCCCACACGAGCUGGGGGACUUUGUGAUCCUGCUCAAUGCUGGCAUGACCAUUCGCCAGGCUCUCUUCUUCAACUUCAUCUCUGCCUGCUGCUGCUACGUGGGCCUGGCCUUUGGCAUCGUGGCUGGCAGCCACUUCUCUGCCAACUGGAUCUUUGCUCUGGCUGGAGGGAUGUUCCUGUACAUAGCACUGGCUGACAUGUUCCCUGAGAUGAACGAGGUGAGCCGGGAGGACGAGCAGAACGGCAGUGCGCUGAUCACCUUUGCCAUCCAGAACGCGGGGCUGCUCACGGGCUUCACCAUCAUGGUGCUGCUCACCAUGUACUCAGGGCAGAUCCAGAUAGGGUAGGACAGCCUGAGCUGCAGCCCUGAUCCAAUUUUCCAUGGGUUUUUUUUUUGGGGGGGGGGGAAGGUUUGUUUUUUUUUCCUUUUUUUGUUUUCUUUCCUGCUGCAAACACACGACGGUACCUGUGCGGGCACUGACGUCACACUACAGGAGAGACGUUGCUUUCAAAACUAUUCCAUGGAUUUUUUUUUUCUGGUUUAAGGCUGAGGGGAGUGGAAUUCCCCUUCCCACAGGACUGAUUUUUUCCAGUGUCAUAUCCCUCCUCACCUCUCCCAGGAAGGAUGGAAUGGGGAGACAGGAGCUGCUCCUCUCGUGCUUGGAGUGAUCCCGUGGGACACGACACUGUCCUGACCCCUCUGGGUCAGGGGACAGAUGGGGACAGACCCUUCCCUGUGCUCUCUGAGGAUGAGGAGGUUCACCCUGGCACCAUCAUCCACCUGGACAAUGCCCUGGCACGAGGGCUGAAGAGGGCAGGGGUUUUAAAGCACAUUUUGGGUGUCAGUGCUCGGAGCAGAGGACACUAAACUGGGCUGGAGUGACACUUGGGGUGCUGGGAGGAGCCUGACCCCCCUUCAGUCCAUGGAGUGAGGGGCAAAUCCCAACUCCUCUGCCAGGGCUGGUGAGAAGGGGAUGAGAGCAGAGCCCUGCCCUGCCACAGGGAUCUUUCCUCAGGUUGUGUCCAAGCUCAUGGUGACAGCUGGGAGCAGCCACCAGUUCUUAAACACUGCUGAGGUUCAUGGUGGGGUGUUUUCAAAAGCAAAACUCAGACUGUGAACCUCUUCAGGUUGUGUGUUCCCAGCCUUAGGGAGUAGCCAGAGAAGGGUGUUCCAGGCACUUCCCAGCUCUGCCUCCAGGCUGGUGUUCCCAGAUUCACUAGGUGAAUUACUUAUUAUCAUAUUGAUAAGGUUGCCCACCCCACCCGUGCUGCUCGAGGUUCCUUUUGCCCCCAGAGCCCUCAUGCUGUGCCUGGUGUGACCCUGUGGCCGUGUGGAUUUUGGGGAAUCUGGUUUGGUGCUGAUUUGGGAUGGAGGAGAGCUGCAGGUGCUCUGGAAGUGUCUUCCUUCACUGCCCACCUGUGCAGGUGUGUGGGGUGUGACAGG